AAAAUGUUUAUAAUUAAUUUUGGUUACUGACCUGGAUUUCUUUUGACCUUGGCAUCAAUAAUUUUAAGAGAGAAAAUAAAAUGGUAAAACAUUGCUAAAGGUAUUGCGAUAGCAAUUCUCCUCUAGAUUUUGCAGUUUUCCCAAUUCCCUCGCUUAUCAGUAAUCAAUGACAAUUGAAAAUGAUUGCUGCUUGGACCCACUUGUCCCUGCUGGGCAUUCUCUGCUCUGUGGUGUUCUCAGCUCCCUAUAAUAAACCCCAUGAGGAAAGGGAUCCCGAGCUGACCGCUGGAUACUCAGGGGAUAUGGAUGUGGACUUUGGACGGAACGGACAACUAUCAGAGACGCGUCGGUGGCCAAAUGCAACCGUACCCUAUAGGAUCUCCGAGGAGUUUGAUGCUCCCUAUGUGGCUUAUAUUGAGUUUGGCAUGAAACUAAUCGAACGUUCCUCCUGCAUUCGCUUUGUUCCUGCCGCUGAGGAUGCCGAGGAUUAUGUUUCUGUGAUAACCUCUACUUCGGGUUGUAGCUCCAAAGUCGGCUAUCAACCAGGUGAACGAACCGUGAAACUUAAGCCGGGAGAACUGGACGCGGGUUGCUUUAAACUGGGAACCAUUCAGCACGAACUACUCCAUACCUUGGGCUUCCACCAUCAGCAGUGCUCACCGGAUCGGGAUGAAUACGUCCAAAUUGUGGAGGAGAACAUCUCCGAGGGUCACGAGAAGAACUUUGUCAAGUACGAGGCCGAUGAUGUGGGGGACUUUGAUCAGUCCUAUGACUAUGGCAGCAUUUUGCACUACAGUUCCAUGGCUUUCUCGGUGAAUGGCAAGGCCACCAUUGUGGCUCUUAAGCCAGAGGGUCAAGAGUUAAUGGGCCAGCGUUUGAUUAUGAGUCCCACCGAUAUCAAUCGACUCAAUACCAUGUACAAGUGCCCAGUGCCAUUGUAAAGUAUUACAAUAAAUAUUUUAUUUUGCGAAGCAUUAC